AGGGGGGUUCUCCACAAAGACUCAGUCAAGCUGUUGCAGUCACAUGGGCAGAGUUUUUUUCAAUAAACCAAUGAAAAGAGUUUUACAGCACAGCCUCGAGUCCUUGUUUUGGAUGCCAGUGGCAGCAACAUGAGUGAAUCUGCACAAGACAUAGUGCAGACGGCAGUGAGCCUCCACCUGAACGGCACCGCAGCUUUGGAACAGCAAGACGAGAACAUGGACUCCGACCUGUUUGAUAUCAAAGUGUUUAACGUUGUGAUGAUUACUUUGGCCUUUUGUAUACUUGCCAUCACUGGCUUGUACUGCAUUGCCGUCUGCCACAACCGUUCCAGACAGUCAAAAAGAGCACAAUUAUACGAGAGCGCAGUGACCCGAGGCGAGCCGCAGAACCCCGUGGCAGUCAAAGCAGUGAAGAGAUCAACGAGUUUCAUCAACCCUCUCACCUUCUUCAGGAAACCAGAGGCACCAAAGGACAACUCCAGGAUCUAUUACAUCUACAGUAACCCGCUGCCCGUAGGAGGGAAGGACGAAGAUGAGGAGGGGGCCAGUAAACCCAGUGGGGUACCAGAGGCGCAACAGGUGCUGUCAUUGUCUCACUCGUUUCAAGAGUUCGCCAGUGAUCCCAAAAGUGGCGUCGUCCUGGACCCUCCCAUAUUUUACAUGCAGCUUUAGAGGGUGGGAAACAGUUCUAACAAGAUUAGCUAGAGGCACCUGACUCAGUCUGAAAGGUUUGAAGUUUGACACCUCCAACUAUGUACAAACUACAUCAGGGCACUACAUCAGUUGUACGACCUAGAUUCAGUCGUCUGAGAUACACUCCUCAGGACUACUACUACUGU